CUUCCCUUUCAAUUGGCCGGAAUCAGUCUGUCGUGUAGCUGCAAGCUACAUUCUUCUAAAAGUAGUAGAAAAUGCACUUAUCUCCGCUGUAAAUGGUAUUGCCAACGAGGUAUUUACCAAAGUGUACAUAUAAAGUCGUCUUUUUACGGGAACAAUGGUGAAGUACUUUGCCUGUGUGGGUCUUCUGAAAAGUUCCUGGGACCAAGUCUGCAUCGCUUUCUGGGAGCGAUACCCCAACCCCUACAGUAACCAUGUCCUGACGGAGGACAUCAUCUUCAGGGACGUAACUCCCGGUAACCGUCUGGUCUCUAGGCGACUGCUGACCAAAACUAACCGCGCCCCUCGCUGGAUGGAGAAGUACCUGCCGGUUACCGUGGCCAGGCACGCCUACAUCAUCGAGGAUUCCAUCGUGGACCCCCAGAACAGAACCAUGACAACGCUGACUUGGAACAUCAGCCACGCACGUAUGAUGUCUGUGGAGGAGCGUUGUGAGUACAGAAUUAACCCUGACAACACCAGCUGGACGGAGAUUAACAGAGAGGCCUGGAUCUCGUCUAACCUCUACGGGCUCUCCAGAGCUAUACAGGAAUUCGGCCUUGCCCGGUUCAAGACCAGUGUUGCAAAGACCAUGAAAGGGUUUGAAUACGUCCUGGCCAAAAUGCAAGGUGAGGCCCCCUCCAGGACCAUGGCUGAGCAUGCUACAGAGAGGGCCAGGGAGACGGCUCUGGCAGCUAAAGAGAAAGCUAAAGACCUGGCCUCACAGGCUCACAAGAAACAACAGUAUGUCUGAGCUGCCAGUGUAGGGUGAAGUUUCCCCUAGAUGCUGAUAUGGUUAAGAUUAGGAUUGGGGGCAGGGGAAUCUGAUCCUAAAUGUCUUCCUAGAAACUUUAUCCUGGAGCCUGAGGUGCCAGUGGGAGGAAGUAGACAUUGGCCCAUGUCAGACCUGCCUGGAUUCAAAGACUAUUCAGGAAUAAUUUCAAGUACUUUAUCUGGGAUCGAUUUUAAGUAUGCCUGGCACAAUGGAACCAAUAGAAUACUGAAAACCCCUGCUCAUUUGGCACUCCAGGCAGACUCAAGCAAUUACAAAAAGUAAAUAAAUAAAAAUGUUGAAUAGUAUUUGAACCCAGAUCUUUUUGGCCCUAACUGCUUGUCCAGAGUCAGAUCUUAUUCACCCCCCUUAAUGAUUACAUUUGGAGGUAGGGGAAUCUGAUCCCAGAUCUGUGAUUAGGGUUGCAAAAUUCCGGUAACUUUUCCAAAAUUCCAAGUUUUUCCAGAGAUACCAGUUGGAAGAUUCCAGGUAAUAAGCAGGAAAUCUGAAAUCCUCCAACCAGAAUUUCUGGAACAUUUCUGGAAUUUUGUAAAUGCUUUGGUAAUGUUGCUCCACUAGGUGUGACUGAGCUAGGGCAUGGACCGUUCAAGCUUGAUUUGGAAAUGUUGCUCCACUAGGUGUGACUGAGCUAGGGCAUGGACCGUUCAAGCUUAAUUUGGAAAUGUGGUCCGGAGGCUUCGUAUGACGCAAUUACGGCGCUUCCGGAGGCAUGCAGUCUAAAUCAAACUCUGUAACGCAUCGCCAUGCGCCUCUCAAAUGUUGUAACAAUGCAGAGAGCUCUGUAUAGCUCCGCGUUGACAUGAUUGGUUGACGGUAAGCGGGGGGGGGGGGUCCUGUAUUAA